CAAUGUUAGUCCACUAGACCGUGUCGAUCAAUACACUACGUCACUGGUCGGGGGUUGCUGUGACAAAUAAAGGCGGGAGUUGACAUUUGUCACAGCAACAUUGGAACUGGUUACAUUAAGAUGGAACUCUUUGGUGUGGAGAACGGAAUAGUGCUCCGGGUACUACACCUGUCGUUCCUUGUACAAGUGGCCUUGUCGUCGAGUGUUGACAAUUCCAAUCCGUUCAGAAGAUACAGGCGUUCCACCAACUGUGACGCCAAGUUUAACCACAUCAGCGAUCACACUGCCUGUAUAAGCGCGUCUUCCUCGGCGACAUCUGCUGGUAUCUCUGCAAACGACAAAACCUUUAUAGUAGAUCAUCACAAUGGUUACCGCCGUGACGUGUCACCGACUGCCACCAACAUGAGGACAAUGUCUUGGGAUGAUGAAGUGGCGAUGAUUGCACAGAAGUGGGCAGAGAACUGUCAGUUUGGACACGACGAUAGCUACAGUCGGUAUAUCCCAGGACGCUUUACUGUGGGGCAGAACAUAGCGAUUGGUCAGACGUCAUGGACAAACGCGAUGGAUGCCUGGCAUAGCGAGGUGUCAGCCUUCACCUUGGGCGGGAGUAAUGUCUUUUCUAAUGUCGGACACUAUACACAGAUAGUGUGGGCUGAGACGUCAAAGUUAGGAUGUGGCUUCGCUAUCUGCUCCGGUUCGAGGUUCUAUGUAUGUAACUAUUCACCAGCUGGAAAUCUUGACUACAACAAUCCAUACAUUGCCGGAACCUCUUGUUCCGCCUGCCCCUCUUCAUGUAACAGCAAUCAAUGUGAUUGUGCCGGAAAGGUGUGCCUUAAUCAAGCAGCCAUGGACGUUGACACCUGUGGGUGUACCUGUCACAAACCAUACCUUGUUGGAAGCGACUGCGCACUGAACUGUACUGGGUUGACGUCAGACCCUGCCGGCUGUAACUCGGGUCAGUUCAUAACGUCUAAAUGUCCAGUCUAUUCAAACCUACCGUCGGACUGCCCUCUGAUGUGUCAGACCUGUCCACAUGGGGACAGUACAGGUGGAUCCAUGACCUCCACAACAUCUAGUACCACGACUACCCCAACUACCACUACGACUACCCCAACUACCACUACGACUACCCAAACUACCACGACCUCUAGCACGUCGAGUUCCCAAUCAUCCUCCGCUACUACUACACAGAAUGGAGACUCGACAGGCGAGAACGGCGCCUCACGGAUCCUCUUUGACGUCAUCCUUGUUAUUGGAGCUGGUAUACUACACUUCCUGCUAUAAGCUGUAUGACACCUGGAAGAUCGUUAGGACAACGGGAGGUGUAUAGAACGGAACUGGGUUUAUAUAUAACAGAACGUGGGUUAUACAAAAUAGAUGGAUUUAAAGAACUUGUAGGGCGAAAGUUGAAUAUCAAUAUUGACAGUUCAAGUAAGGAACGUUUAACAUACAUGUAUGUAUAUGAUUUUAUAACAAUAUGUUUUGUAAGCGUUUUAGUAUCAUUUCAUUUGUCUUUGCAAUAUAGAUUUAUUUAAAGUGGCAUUUCGGAGCACACACACCCCUCCACACACACACCACACACAUGUUAGACAUAUAAUACACAUAUUAUUAUAUUUUGAAAUGCUAAGGUUGUCGGUCUUUUGUACUCAAAAUCAGCUUUAACAACUUAUUAACUAAUUCAUAUAAGUUAUCUCCCUUUAGUCAGUUGGUGGUGAAGUCGUCAAACUGAAUUAUAAAACAUAAGCUGGUGUACAACGGUGUUAUGUAUAGAGAAAUCGUAGUGCAAUCAAAUCAACCUUUGGAAUGCUUAAGACCAUCAUAAAUGCCCUUUUUGCCUUACAGAGUUAAUAUAUAUAUAUAUAUGUAUACAAGACGUUUAUAUUUGAAAAUAUAUACAUUGUAGUAUUGACAAUCGCGUAUUUGUUCGUUUUCCUGUCACAUGUAUACCGGUAAUGUUGUCUUUCACAUACAUACAUUUUAUAUAUCAUCUGUAUCGCUCAACUUCCAUGUCUAUGUAGAAGUGAAUACGUAGGUUUAGUUUUAUGUGAUAAAAACGUCAUUAAAAACAUCUUGUUGCAGAAGAAAACUCAAACAAAUAAUAUUGAGGUUGUUUAUGUUGAUACAGCUUUAUAUAACACAUUCCGUUGUAUGGUAACAAUAUAUAACCACUACUUUAAAAUUCUUGUCAUAUGUAUGUGUAUUAAUUACGUUUUAAUUUAGAUUUUAUUGUCGUUGUAAAUACAGUUAAGUUGGUACACUAUUAGGAAAUAUAGACACAUACAAUGUAUAUUAGAAGUAUACAAUGUACAUUGUACUUUAUAAUGCGGUUGAUCUGAUAAACGAUCCGCUCAAGCAUAUUGAGUGCAGACUGACGAUGAAAGUGUUAGCCACAAAAUUUCGUUUCAACAGAGAAGAAUAACAAUCUGCACGCAUUAUUCUUUCGAACUAAAUAUUCUUGAUAUUAUCAGGCACUGCAUAUGCUGAACGUUAUAUUAUCUUUUUUUCAAGAAAGGCUGAUUUUUUAAACAAUGCUGAUUUUAAUGAUGCGCCUGUUUUAGGUCUGUUUGUUUUCGAGGUUUUAGGGUACAUUGUGUCAUAUUUAUCGUACAUUGUUAAUAGAUUUGAAUGCUGCGUGACAUUACACAUUUUGUCUGUAGUACCUUUAUGAUGAAUCUGAUGAAUUGUCUAUUGUAAACAGAAAAGUCGUUUAUCUUAAUUCUAGAGAAUAUGUAUAUACCAUUGUAUUCAGUCAAACACAUACAACCUGAAAAAAAUCCCCCUUUACAGUUUUAUCAGAUUUUAAUAUUCAAGAAAUUAACAAAAUAUGUUCGCUUUAUUAAUGUUAAACCUAAUACUGUGAAGGGC